UAAAUAUGUUAUCUAUGUUCAUAAAGUUUAAUAAUUUUUCAAUAAGUGUCAUGAUGAUGAGAUUAAUGGUAUUUCUGAUCAUUUUUGGAAUUUUGUUUACUAACUGUAGAGGAGCAAAGAAAGAUGUUAUUUGGUUGGUAGAUGCAUCAAGUUCAAUAUCAGCUACUGACCAUGCACUGACAAUGGGUUUCAUUUACAACGUGACAUCACAUUUAACUAUAGGCGACUCUGAUAUUAGAAUGGCAGUCGUUACGUUUGAGGUUGAGACAUACGCCGAAUUUGAGUUAGAUGAUAACACCAACAAAGCAAGUCUUCUGUCAGCUAUAAACAGCAUAUCAUACACUCAAUCAACCGUAUCUUCGAGGAAAACUAUGGACGCAUUAACAUAUACAAAAACACUCUAUCUUACCCAAAAAGGAGGUCGCAUUGAUGCUGGUAAAGUUGUUAUUGUGAUAGUAAGCGGCACUUCGACUAGCGAAGCUCAAACUAAGAACACAGCCGGGGAUCUCAGAACAUCACAUGGAGUGGAAGUGUUUGCUAUAGGCAUAGGCUCGGAUUUAUCUUCAACAAAUACCGAAUUGCAGGGAAUUGCAAACGAUCCUGACUCGUAUUAUGUUGAAUAUAUUGGUGGAUUUAUAAAUCUGUGUGGUAUUGUUCCAUCCAUUGUACCUAAGAUUGAUAAUGAAACAACAGCUACAAUGUUGGAUGGUUGUGUUGAGUGGGUAGAGCCUACGACCACAGAAAUAACUACAACAGACAGAAUAACAGAGGCGACAAUUUCCCAAACAAACGAAGGUUUAGAUGCCGGUGCCAUCAUAGGUAUCCUGUUAUCAUGUUUACUGCUUUUAGCACUUUCAUCCUGCGUAUUAUACCUACUGUAUAGAAGAAAAAGAAGAAAAGACAAAAAAGACCAGAUUAAUCCUGAAGAUACGAUAGUAAAGGCUGUGAAUGACUACAAUAACACAAGUCUUGGAGAAAAAAGACACAUUUACAAGAGAGACACUACCAGCCUCAAUACCAAACCUACUAAAGCAAUGAAUGAAAAUGAUACACUGUCUUCAGUGUAUGAAAAUCUCGGAGAAAGAAGUGUUACAUCGUCUAUUAUUAAUGUAAAACUUCCUAUAUGAAAUAUUAUGUGUUUUGUUAACGUAUUGUUUAGCUAGACCUGUUUUACGACCACAGCAAAAUAAAUAAAUAAAUUUAAAAAAAAAUGAAAAGAAAUACGCUUACAUACCUUUGGACUUGUUUUCAGUUUUGCUGUAUUUGUUUUUUUGGUUUUUUUUUAGAUAACAAGAAGAUAAAAUUAUGUGCAAUAAUGUAAACUAUUGUUUUUAUUUGUUUUAAGCUCAACCAGUAUAACUGACUCAAAAAUAAAUUUGGGAUUCAGACGAUUGCAAAUAACAUAAAUUUCCUCUGAUGUUGCUGGUCUUAACAUCAUUUGGUAUCAUACCGUACCGAACAUGUACUGAAAGUGCAUCCCCAAUUGUUUCUGAAUGGGAUUUAAAACACAUUUCAAUACUUUUUUUUAAUAAAUUUGAGUUUCCUUCCUUG